GGCGUAGUACACCCGGCGUCUCAGGAUUCCAAUAAGAUUUCCGGGCAACUCUGCUACACCGGGGUAUAAUCUCAGCAGAUUUGCAGAUACAUUUUGCAACAGAUCUCGAUUACUUUUAAAGUAGCACUGCAAGUAAAGUGUAACAUUAGACACCUUUUCAUCUACGUGGAGCUUGAAAAGUAAAAAGGAUAAUGGCUGAUCAGCUGACUGAGGAGCAGAUUGCUGAGUUCAAGGAGGCAUUCUCGCUGUUUGACAAGGAUGGUGAUGGUACCAUCACUACCAAGGAGCUUGGGACUGUGAUGCGCUCUCUGGGACAGAACCCAACUGAGGCUGAGCUGCAGGACAUGAUCAACGAGGUGGAUGCUGAUGGCAAUGGUACUAUUGACUUCCCUGAGUUCUUGACCAUGAUGGCUAGGAAGAUGAAAGAUACAGACAGCGAGGAGGAGAUCAGAGAAGCCUUCAGAGUCUUCGACAAGGACGGCAAUGGUUACAUCAGUGCAGCAGAAUUACGGCACGUUAUGACCAACCUCGGGGAGAAGCUCACUGAUGAGGAGGUGGAUGAAAUGAUCCGCGAAGCUGACAUCGACGGCGAUGGGCAGGUCAACUAUGAAGAGUUUGUCCAGAUGAUGACUGCCAAGUGAAGGGAGCGUUGACAUUUCUCUCAAUGUUGCUUGUCCUCUUAAGAUUAUUGUCUUUAAGAACAAAAAGGAACAAUUAAAAAAAAAAUCAUGAAACUCCCCCCUAAAAUUAUAUAAUUGUAGAACUUUGCAAUAUGUGCUUUGAUACAUCCAACUACUUCUAAGGUAUCUGUCUAGCAAACACCAACAGAAUAAUCCCUAGAGAAGUUAACGGACCAAGCUUUAAGAGGGCUGAAGCCCCGUACUUCAGACCAAGAGUCUGCUGAGUCACCCAGCAUCUGAUUAAUUUAGAGGAAAGAGCAACACUGAAAAGGCAGAGGGAUAGGAACCCAUGCCACAGUUCGUAUAGAGAAGUUGGCUAUUUAAUUCUUUCCACUAUGUUUCAACAAAGAAAAUUGACUCUCUUGCACCAGUGGCAGUUGUGAUUCUCUUCAUACUAAAUUGGGUUCUAGUACUCUUCUUGCAUGCACCCUUUCUGUGGCGGUCUCUUGUCACAACAAGGUGGCUCUGAUCCCAUCAGAGGUAGUGGUCAGAUUGUGUACACACUGGAGGUAUAUACAUCACUAUAUAGCUAUAUAUCUGUAAAAAUUUGUGUAACUAUUGAGUGUUGCAAGAGCAAAUAGUUGCAAUGUAGGGUGUUCGUUGGUGCUCAGAUGGAAAUGAGCAUUCUUAAACCUUGAAGAGUUUGGACAAGAAUGAGACGGAAAAAGUACAAAAGGUUUUUUUUUUUCUUUUUUCCCCCUACGGGAUGUUAUUUCGUCUUGUUUUGAGUCGUGGGCUUAACAAUGCCUGGAGCACUGACUGGAGGCAGUAGUGUGCUGUAUUGUUUCAGGGUGAUUGUUGUGAAAACACACUCAAGGACUGCGGUUAAUACAUUUGUUCUGCAAACAGAUAACCUGAUGAUACAAUAUUGAUGUAAUGCUUUAUAAAUGUGUUCUCAAAUAUUAAUGUAUUGAUGACAAACUUUGGUCACCAAAUAUAUCUCUAUAUAUUAGUGUAUCGUAAAGUUUGCAUUGCCUAUUGUUGUAGUAAAUGACCUGUGACCUGUUUUCUCUUUGGUUUUAAAAUGUGCCAUAAUACUCUCAAACGCCUCAACCUUCUUGCAAGACUUGUAGUUAAUUAGAAUAUGAUAAAAGUACUUAAUAUAACAACAUUAAAAUACAUGCAGUUGAACAUAUUUGCACUUUGGUAUGAACUAUAUGGAUAUUAAAAAGGUUUUGUUCUAAAAAGAAAAGAAACCAAAUUUCACUGUUGCUGCUGCUAUAACUACUCAUGUUUUACUCAUUUUUCGUCUUUGUUGGUGUCUGAUCUUCAGUUUCUAGUCCGGUGAUUCAAUUUUCAAUCUGCUUGCUGUUUUACUCAGAAAACAUAUACUGUAUAUUCACAAAUACUACUUGUGGUGGAUGGUUUAUUUGGGUUAAGAAUUAAGAUGGGGUUGUAGCACAGAAUUGAGCUUUAGAUGCAAAAUCAGCUUCAGUGGUAAGAUUUUGACCAGUUGGUUAAAUUCAAGGAGCAGGUUAGUGGGGGUAUAUUAGGAUUCCUCAUUAAACUUAAAUACUGCUAUGUUUGAGGUGUUUUAAUUGGUUACCUUUAAUCUAUAUGCCAGGAGGUAAAUGGUUAUGGACUGUUAAGUUAUGAAGGUAUUAAACUGUAAAGAUGUGAUAUAUUUUCCAUAAAUCAAUAAAUUGACUGAGCUUUACUUCA